GCAAAUGCAUCAAAAGCUUUAGCAGAGGCGGAGGCAUUGACCGAAGAACACGAGUGGAAAGGUGGUGGCCGUGCAACAUCGAAAACUAUCACACUUUCGCCAAAAAGCGAAAAUCCACAAUUAGCAAAUAUUGGAAAAGUGAAAUUUCAACCGCCGAAUGUGCCUGUUAUAUUUGUUUUAGGUGGUCCCGGCUCAGGAAAAGUGACGCAUUGUGACACAUUAAUGCAAGAAAAACGUGGUGUGACUCAUAUCAAUAUGAUGGAUCUGCUACAACAAUACGCAAUCGGCAAUGGUAAGUUCUCGAUUUCCACACUAAUCAUGUUAGACAUGCAAGACUUUUCACAGUUACCAUCAAAGACUGUCACCGAAGUGUUGAUGCUUGAGAUGAAAAUGUCGCCAGCAGCAAAAACAUAUUUGAUAUCAGGAUAUCCGCGUUCAAUGCGAGAUGUUGUUGAAUAUUCUGAAAAGAUUCAAGUUAUAAAUGGUGUCAUUCUCAUAUCAUGGCGUCAAGCUAUUCUACAGAGACAAAUUGAUUACGGAGCUAAGUUAGGUCAUGGUGAGUUUGAAACACAAACUUCUGCUAAUCACAGUAUUUUAACUAACAUUAUUUUACUACCAAAAGUUGUUCUUUCGUUGGCCAAAAUGGAGCUUGAAAACUUUUUCAAAAGUGUCAUGCCAGUCGCUGACUAUUUUGAUCAAAGUGAUAUGUUGGUUUCUAUCAACGGUGAACGAGCACCAUCUGAUGUAUACAAAGAUUUUCGUUCUGCUAUUUUGGAUAUUUUGCAGACACAAGAAAACCAGGAAGCGGUUCUAAAUGGUGUUGCUGGCAUCGGCCAUGGAAACGAUGAGAUUCCUGGAAGUAUUGUUAGCAGCGUUGAAACUGCACCAAGUCAAAGAAAAGCAAAUGAAUUAGCUGCAAUUACGACACCGCCAAACGUCAUCGAAUCACCUGUGAAAGCAAGAACGAAAUUGAAUGGAAACAUCGGUAGAAAUAUUAUUGAAGUCGAAACAAUCAACGAAAAGCCAUCAAAGACGAUUGAAACAAAGAUACCUAAAGUGAUUUUUGUUAUUGGUGGUCCAGGAAGUAAUAAAGCGACACUGUGUAUGAAAGCUGUGGGAAUGAAUCCUGGAUGGGGUCAUAUAAGUAUUGGUCGGACCCUACGCGGUCUUGCUGAAUCAGAGCCAAAACCAUUAACAGAAAAUUACGCAAUCAAAGAAUCGAUAUCUGCCGGAGAAAUGGUAGCGAAAGAAAGUCUCGAGAAGCUUCUACAUAACAAUAUCCUUCAAUUAAUAAAUAAAAAGGGAAUAAUUAUUGAUGGAUUUCCACGUGAUGUUAAUCAGAGUCAAUAUUUUGAAGAAAGAUACAAUCAAAAGCCGCCCGUUAUUCUACUCGAUUGUUCGAAGCUUCAACUUGGUCGUGGUCGAUUGGACGAUUCGGUGUCGUCAUUUAGAAGACGAUUAGAACUAUUUCGUGAAUUGACUUUACCCAUGUUAAAGACAAUGGACGUUGACGGUCGACUAACAAUUAUUGAUGGUGACACUGAUAGCGGAUCUGUACAAAAAGAAUUUGAACGAGUUACUCGUCAACAUGUUGAAAGUUUCAUUGGUAAUGAUGCUUAUGUCAAUGGUGAUGUUCAUGGAAAUAACAACAGGGAAACAUUAUUCAAUCGAAAUCAUUCUGGUGAAACAAGAAACCAUCGACAGAGAAGUGAAGAAUAUGUCGAAGAUCUUGAAGAUUCAGUGCCUGGUGUAAUACCAACAAUAAGCAAUCAAGUCAGUAAUCACAUUGCAAUUGCUAAUGGAAACUUUGGUGGCAAAAAUUCACUAACAAAAAAUCAAGUUAGAAACGGUCAUAUACCAAAUGGUCGUCCAGAUUUCCGAUCAAUAUCUGUCUUUUUUGUCAUUCCAUAUCUAUGUAAGUUGUUCAUGUGCCAUCAAUUGGCUCAACAGCAUGAGAAAAACCAGAAGGCCCAAGAAGCUGCAAAGCGACAAACGUCAGUGCUUGAUACGAAAGUUCCAAUCAUUUGGGUUCUUGGUGGACCAGGUUGUGGUAAAGGAACACAAUGUGAAAAAAUUGUAGCCAAAUAUAAGUUUGCUCAUUUAUCAACUGGAGAUUUAUUGCGAGCUGAAGUUGCAUCGGGCUCACCAAAAGGAAAAGAACUUCAAGAAACAAUGUCCAAAGGUGGUCUCGUAAGUAAUGAUGUCGUGCUUGAACUUCUUGCUGCUGCCAUGGGAAAGAUUCAAAAUCCUACAGGAUUUCUCAUUGAUGGCUACCCCCGCGAACAAGCUCAAGGUGCUGCUUUCGAGAGAAUAAUUGGGCCAGUCGAUCUCAUCUUAUACUUUGAAUGUGCCAACGAGACACUUGUUGCGCGUAUUUUACAUCGUGCCGCCGCUUCGACUGAAGUUCGGGCAGAUGAUAAUGAAGAAACUUUAAAGACAAGAAUUGCGACCUUCCGGGAAAACACUGACAAAAUUCUUGUUCAAUACCCAACAAAAUUGAAACGAUUGGACGCUGAGCGCGAAGUUGAACCAAUUUUUGCUGAAGUCGUUGCCGCAAUCGAUCAAACUCUAGCUAAGAAAGCUUCAGCUUAAAACAUUAAAUCGAUUCAGUAAACAAGUUAAUCGCAUGAAAAAUCUUUAAAUUUACUUUAUUUCCUUCGUCACGCUCUCUUGCUCACGAUUAAACUUACCGGAAGGUCACAAAGAAAAACAAAAAUCAAGAUUUUGUCAAAUUCUAUUCACAAAGUCUGAAAAAGUUUUUAUUCGAGCAAAUCACAUUUUAUGUUGACAAUAAAAAUUUUAAUUAAAGUCUGAAACUUUACGACAGUUUUGGUAUGAAA